AUGACUGCUGAAGUUGAGCCAUGCAUACGGGCCGGCUUCAAACACGAUUCGACAUCAUCGGGCGGACGCCAACGAAAAUCCGAGUGCGCGCGAAAAUGCAUCGUUCUCAUUUUCAUCCACGCGAUUUUCAUUCUCGCAAUUCUCGCCGCGUUCGUCAUCGGCCAUUGGAUCAGCGAGGAGCGCAACGCGACGAAUCGAACAGCAACGGAAAUCGUUGCAAGCGCGAAACUGGCGAAUGCCGAUCGAAUCACACCGACGCCGAUGGACGAUGAUCGCGCUCGGCCGACAUUACUAACCACAACAUCGAAAAAGGCCCAACACUAUCCGCGAGUCAUCGAAAGAAUUAUUCCUCUUCACAAAAAACGAAACUACACAUUCGCCGACGUUUUUCCGCCGCCCGACAAUGGUUUCGACAUCGCCGAGCAGCUGCAUGCGGUCCGCGGAAAUAAGCUGACCACCGAUGCAUUAUUGGUCCCGCUUCCACUUUACAUUCUCCCAUAUCAUUAUGAUUUAAAGCUCGAUUUGACGCGAUUCGACACCGCUCAAUUCGUUCGCGCCAACAUUUCGAUUCAUCUCGAAAGCUACGGCAAUUCCACCGAGGACGAGAUUCAAUUCCACAUCGGACCGAAUAUUAACAUCGAGCGAAUGCGAUUGCGUAUGGGCACUCGGAAAUUCUACGCGAAAACGUUUAAAAGAGAGGAGUCGAAAAAAUUGGGACGAAUCUCGCUGCGAGACCCGCUGCAAAAAGGCAAAUAUAUUCUCGAAAUCGAAUACAACAUGACGAUUUGCGAUGAGGACGUCGAUGGUGUUCGUUGUUCGCUCGAUGAGACGACGAACUCGUCGUUGAAAUCGACAUCGUUCACCACGAAAUUCGAGCCAACUCUUGCGCGCUCGUUUAUCCCGUGUUGGGACGAGCCGGGCGUCAAAGCCACAUUCAACAUUUCGGUGAAGCACGACAAAAAAUACACGGUGCUGGCGAACAUGCCGCCGAUUGAGGCGCCGCCUCAUCUGAAAUGGAACACGAACAUCGUGACGACGAGAUUCCAGCAAACGCCGCCAAUGUCGACGUAUCUGUUGGCGUUUGCCAUCGGCGAGUUCGUCAAACUCGAAACGCGAACCGAACGCGGCGUGCCGGUGACGGUGUGGACAUAUCCCGAAGACGUGAUGUCGAUGAAGUUCACGCUCGAUUACGCGCCGAUCAUUUUCGAUCGUCUCGAAGAAUCAUUGGAAGUGAGAUUUAUUUCCUAUCCGCUGCCGAAAAUUGAUAUGAUCGCCGCACGGAAUUUCCAUGUUGGCGGCAUGGAGAAUUGGGGCCUCAUCGUGUUCGAGUUCUCGUCGGUCGCCUACACCCCGUCGAUAUCUGAUCAUGUGAACGAGACCGUCGAUCGAAUGUACAACGAAUUUCGAAUCGGCAAACUAAUUGCCCACGAAGCCGCCCAUCAAUGGUUCGGCAAUCUGGUAACAAUGCGCGAUUGGAGUGAGGUGUUUCUGAAUGAAGGAUUCGCAACAUUCUAUGUUUAUGAGAUGAUGAGCACCGAAAGACCGAUAACAUCGGAAUUCGAGUAUUUCGACAAUCUCAACGCUCUUUUCGCGGCACAGAGCGGCGAAGAUCAUCGUCUGGCCCUUGUGCGCGAUCUAGCCACCGAAUCCCAAGUGGAAUUGUCGUUCCAUCCAACCAACCUCUACACAAAAGGAUGCGUUCUGAUACGAAUGAUUCGAGAUCUCGUAACGGAUUUCGAUUUCAAGGCGGCGGUUCGCCGAUACUUGCGAAAGAAUGCGUAUCGAUCGGUUUCAAGGGACGAUCUGUUCUCGAGUUUGCCAGGAUACGCCGAUCAUGGAGCAGACCAAGAGAAGCUCAAUGACGUUCUAGAAGGAUGGUUCGUUAAUGAGGGAAUUCCGGAAGUGACGCUAACACGAAAUUACGACAACGAGAUGAUGACGAUGAGCCAACGGAAGACGAUUCGGCACGAGUAUCGCGCGUUUUUGAAGGAUCGCAAAUUGGCGGCGAUAUUUCGCGUCUCGCGAACCGCUGAGAGCAACGAUACCGAAAGUGUGCGCGAGGCUCGCGACGCUGAGAAUCUCGACGGAAGCACACCGUUCGACGACACGCUAUUCGAUGGUACACCGCGCGGACCAUUCAAACCGGUGAUAAGCUCGAUUAGUAGAAGGGAUGAGCUUCGAAAACCGCGACGUGUGCGAAAUCCGGCGGAUUUGUGGACGAUUCCAAUCACCUACAUGUUCGGCUCGUUGAAAACCAGCGAGGGACAGGUGAUCCGCGAGUUUUGGCUCAAAAAUCGGACGGUCUCGUUCGGCGACGGCGAGAUUUCGCCGACACAAGCCGUCCUUCUGAAUCCCGACUGGAAGUACCCGUAUCGUGUGAACUACGAUCUGCUCAAUUGGAAACUAUUGGCUCGACAACUCCAUCAGAGUCAUCAGGAAAUUCCCGACAAAUCGCGAAUGCAGUUGAUCGUCGACGCUGAAUAUUUUCUCGGCAACUCGAACAAUCCGCAUCUCUAUUUGUACCUUCUUGGAUAUUUGGCGCAUGAAACAAAACUUGAAGUGAUGCUAUUUGGAAUUGACGCGGUUUACAAUUUUAUAGACAUGUUCAAAGCAACCGAGCUCAACCAAGCGAUUCUGAUUUAUUUCGCUCCCGUCGUUUCGCAAAUGGACCGACUACUAGCCGAAAGCCAAAUCGAUGCCGAAACCGCAUCGUUGUGGCUUGUACGACCUGAAAGACUUUCGAAACUUUACCAAUUACGGUGUGCCACAAGUCUACCGAGCUGCAAGAACGCCUAUCACACGCAAAAAUGGAUUCACGCGCCAGAUGAGUGGACGGAAGACGUCAACAAACAAGUCACCGCCGUGUGCCAUCAAUUAUUUGCGACGACGAAACAAGAAGACCUGCAAAGUGUGCACGAUAUUCUCGAUGAUCGCUUAAAAUCGAACGGUCCCAAAUGGGUGUUGAUGGUCCAAUUGGCGGCGUGUUCGCACGACUAUCGACUUUUGAAGAAAACCGCCAAGGCGAUCGUGAACACGAAAAAUGCUGCUGUGUACGCGUCGGCGCUUCAAAGCGACUUCUCGCUUCAUUACAACGCGGCGUUUCGCAAAUACUUUUGGGCGGAGAUCGCGCGAAUGAGUACCCUCGAAAAAACGGCGCUUUUCUCAACAAACUCGACAACGAUUUUGCCGGCCUCGCGAAUUUUGUUGCACUCGAUUCGAACAAUCGACGAACUUCAGCAGGUUCGCGGCCUUCUCACCAAUUGGGGUGCAUUGAUGACGCUCCAUUUUGAAUACCUCGAACGCUACCUCCUAUGGAUCUCGACAAUCUCGCAAGGCGUCCUACACCAGUUCUUCUCAGCCGACUUAUCAAGUCUAUAA